AGGAGCGACAAGGAGCGAAGCUCAGAGAGGCUCCAGCGGCGGCGGACUCUGGUCCUGGCAGCUCCGGUAAGCGGCUCAGUGAUGAGGAAAGGUACUGGACGGCACCGAAUAUCUGACCCGGAUUCCUGGGAGUGAAGGGAGGCAGGGGGAGGCCAUGUGAAAAAGGGGUGGAGGGCAGCAGAUUUACAACCUCCCACCAGAAGAAAAGAGCUUCAUUAGAGGCUCAGAGCGCAGGAAGCUACUCUGGUUCCCACAAUGAGGACAGGAACGGGGAUCAGAUUCUGUAAAGUUUAGAGACGAGAACAUCUGAAGAUCCACCAGCAGCAGCAAACCUCUGAGGAAAGGAAAAUGUCUCGAACCGAGGAAGUGAACAAGAUGACGGAGAACGUCUACAAGGGCAUCCUGGACCAGUUCAACCCCAGUCUGAAGAACUUUGUGGCGAUGGGGAAGCACUACGAGAAGGCUCUGACCGGGGUCACCGUGGCCGCUAAGGGCUACUUCGACGCUCUGGUUAAACUGGGAGAACUGGCCAGCGACAGCCAAGGCUCCAAGGAGCUGGGAGACACCCUGUUCCAGAUGGCCGAGGUCCACCGACAGAUUCAGGUGCAGCUGGAAGACGUGUUGAAGCUGUUUCACUCUGAGCUGCUGGCCCAGUUGGAGCAGAAGCUGGAGCUGGACAUCAAAUACCUCACAGCCACCUUGAAGAAGUACCAGAGUGAGCGAAGGUCCAAGUCCGAGUCCAUCGAACGCUGCCAGUCUCAGCUGAAGAAGCUCCGCAGGAAGAGUCAAGGCAGCCGCCAUCCCAACAAGUAUGGGGACAGAGAGAUGCAGUUUGUGGAGCUGAUGAGCCGUCGGCAGGUGGAGCUGGACUCUCUGGUGGCUUCAGGUUAUAAGUCGGCGCUGACCGAGGAGCGGCGGCGGUACUGCUUCCUGGUCGACCGGCAGUGCUGUGUCACCAAACUGCUCACUAACUACCACUCCAAGGUCAGAGAGCUCCUGUCUCAGAAACUGUCGUCGUGGCAACAGUCGUGUUCUCAGCCAACGAAGCUUCCUGAACGAGCUCUGAACCUGCUGAGACACACGGCGCCUCAGAGCCCCGGAGCCGCCGGGAUCGCCGAGGUCCUCCGACACGCCAAGAUGGGUUCAGCUCAGCCGGAGCAGCGGCUGUCGGUCCAGGAGGUUCCUCCUCUGCUGAACGGAGACUCCAGUCGCCUCCAGCAGCAGCGUUCUCCUCCUCCCUCCUCCCAGAGCGACGCUGCUCCUCAGGGUUGUCCUCAGACCUUCAGCUCUGCCGCCGGAGCUUCAUCCAGAGGAGCUUCUCCUCAGCAGCCCGGCUCUUUGCUCAGCUCCAGCCCCGUUCCAGACGCCUCCACCCCGACCACCUCCUCCUCCUCGUCCUCCUCGUCCUCCUCCUCCUCGGCCCAGCAGGCCUCCCUCCUCCUGGCCUCCAACACCUCCACCCUGUCCCCCUGCCUCAUCCCGUCCACCGUCAUGUCCCUCAGCCAGGUGUCUCCGGACGGCGGCUCCUGUCAGGGUGUGACCGUCCCCAUCGCCCACAGCGCCCCCCACAGCCCGCCGCUGGCCCACAGCGCCCCCCUGAGCCGGGCCAUGACCCCCCAGCCGGGCCCCGGAGGCAGCAGCAACCCCUGGCUGCUGAGGGCCGCAGAGAUCAGCGCCACGGCGACGCUGCCGUUACCGCGGCGACCGGUCAGCGAGCUGAGGCUGGGCGGCUUCCAGGGCUCCAGCCUCCCCAGGAUGCUGCCUCUAUCUGGACCUUCUCGGGUGGAGGCCAUGUUUGCUCACACGCCUGGAGCAUCUGACGGCGGCAGAGGUUUAGGAGGCGGAGCUUGUUUACUGCACUUCCUGCCUGGAGAUUACAUCACUCUGCUCAUCUCUGAGCCCAGAGACGGAUGGCACUACGGCCAGAACGAACGGACCGGACGGAAAGGCUGGUUCCCGUUCUCCUACACUCAGCCUCAACACAACCAGACGGAUCUCCUGGAGAGCUCGCUCUUCCUAUCUAAAGCCAACAGCACCAGCACCGGGCAGCUGGACAAGCUGUCGGCGCUCACGCCCCAGUCGGAGGACGAGCGAAGCCUUCCGCCCCAGAGGGUCAGCACCUUCAGGCCCCGCCCAUACAGCAUGGCCGACAGCAACAAGGUGGGAGGAGCCGCAGGUGAAGCCUCAGAGGUCGUCAUGGUAACCAGAACUAACGGUGAUGAUGGUCUGUUUGUGUUCCAGAUCACCUCAGAGCUGACCUCCCCUCCUCCUUCACCCAGCAGGCCGAACCCGUUCGCUCACAUCCGCCUCAGAAAAACUGUCACCAACGACCGCUCGGCUCCGAUCAUCGAGUGAGUUUUGACUUCCUGCCGUCUGGUCCGUCAGUCCAUCCAGCCAACGGACUCCAGAUGAUGUUUGUUCGACUCUAGUUUGUCCUGUUCUGUUUAAUCCCAUCCAGUUUGUGUUUCAGAACGUUUUUAAAGCAGAUCUACUCUAAAUGUGGUUUAGUUCUGAGGAGAAAGGAGAAAUAAUCGAUGUAACGUCUGAAACAUCUGCCUGAGUGAGCCUUAAAAUGAAACCUAGUCUACUUUUUAUGGCCGUAUUUAGAGUAACUAACAUGUUUUAAUUUGUUUUUGUGCCACAUUCAGAGAAGUUUCUGCUGAUUUAGGGACUGGGUCCUGAUAGCCUAAAGGUUUAAUGAAGUGUUUGGGAAGAGGACAGGCUCCUUCUCUGCUUUUUCUCCAUUUCAAUGAAGGUGUUAAAAUUUAAAUUUUAAAAUUUAAAUUUAAGUGUCUUUUUUUGUUAUUUUAAACCAUGAUUAUUUGGAUUUUAAUGAAUGAAACAGACACGCCGAGUCAUUUUUGUGUCUCUUUUUGUUUAGUUCCUGGACAGAGUUGUUCCUGUCGGAUAGAUUUUCUGUUUCUGCUGCUGUUCGGUUUAUCGAUUAUCGGAUCAAUUUAGCUCAAAAUGCCAAGAAAAACAACAUCCUGCCUUAAUUUUGAGCAGAGAAACAAACUUUAGAGCGUUUGGAUCGAGGUUUUAUUAGAAGAAGUGUUUUCUUUAGGAAGUAGCUCACUGUGGAGGGUUUCAGGUCUUCUGGAUGAGAGAUGUUCGUGCUUCGUCUACGGGUUUGAUGUCUCCUCGGUUCCUUUUUUCCAAACCUGAAGCUCUUGACGUCUGUUGUAGCCGACUAGCUGCACGUUUAGCAGAAUCUGAGAGAGAGAGAGAGACGAGAAGGAUGAGGUUUAACAGGAGGAAACGGAGCUGAGAAAGUGAUGAAGAAAGUUUACGGGAAAGUUGAGCGACGUCUGAGAAAGUGUUUGUGGUAAAACUCUGAAAAUGAAGUAAUAGUUCUUCUAACUGCCACCAGUUGCUGUGAUCUUUUAGCACCUUGAAGAUAGAAAAGUUGUAGAAAAUCUAACGGCACGUGAAUCUAUUUAAUCGUGACGGCAGCGUGUUGGAGCCAACGCCUGUAAAUAGCUGAAAACAUGCAAAUGUAUAACUUUUAUUUCCUUUGAAACUCAUAUUUCACUUCGGUAGAACAACUUCAGAUGCUAGAAAACCUGAAAAACUGUUGAAUUCAGCCUCCAGCACUGGUUAUUUCUACCAUUACUGCCCUCAGAGUCUUUAAUUUCUGUUUUAAAUGGAGUAAUAUCCAUUAAUUUCUCUUUAUAUCAAAGGAAAUCUCAGCUGGAAUCCAGUAUUAGUAGCAGAAAAGUAAACUUUUACUGAGUUUGACAAAAACAGGACACAAAAUGACAAAAACAAGACACAAAACAACAAACGAAACACAAAACAACAAAAACAAGACACAAAAUGACAAAACGAGACACAAAGACAAAAACGAGACAGAAAACAAAAAAACGAGACAAAAUGACAAAAACGAGACACAAAACGACAAAAACGACAUAAAACAAAAAUGAGACACAAAACAACAGAAAUAAGACACAAAAUGACAAAAACGAGACACAAAACGAUGAAAAUGAGACAGAAAAUGCCAAACAAGACAUAAGACAAAUACGAGACACAAAAUGACAGAAAUGAGACACAAAUCGACAGAAACGAGACACAAUACAACAAAAAAGAUACAAAAUAACAAAAACGAUAAAAACGAUAGAAAAUGGCAGAAGCGAGACACAAAAUGACAGCUCGAACAAUUACUUUGUUAAUAACAAUAAUUUAAAUAUUAAAAGAUAACAAGUAUUGUAGCAAUAACUACAAAAUCAAACAUACAAAGCAUUACAAAAUGACAAAACACUGAAAAAAAUACAAACAUUAGUAGUGAAAAAAAACUGUAGAAUAGAAAUAAUUGAUCAAAAUGAGGCUGUUGUUCCAUGAAAUCCUGAUCAAAUCUGACGGUUUCCUAAUAACAGAAAAUGUUGUUUUAAUGCUUCGUGUUUACAGAUCUGCAGAAUAUUUUCAGCUGAAACUGUCCUGAUGAAAACAAAGCGUUCCACUGAAGUGAAAUCUGGUUUAAACAUAAAUCCUUAAAGUCCUCGCAUUCGUGCAAAAGAAAAAAAAACUGCAUCGAUAAGAAAUCCUGACUGCAGAAGUUGAGCUGUGAUGAGGAAUGUUGACAUGUUGUGAAAUAAAAGUUCUAUGAAAGAA